UUUGAUAGUAGAGCUAUGCGUGUGUAAUUCGACUCAAUAAUCAGAGUAUAAUUGCAGAUGUUGUUGCAGGGGUGCUGGAGAUGACUGGCACAGACAACAUCCGCUUCAGCGGUCACACCCUCGACAAGGCCACCAAGGCUAAGGUGACCUUGGAGAACUUCUAUACGAAUCUCAUCACACAACAUUAUGAGAGAAAGCAAAGACUAGAAAAACUUGAGGAGUCCCUCAAGGAUGAGAAUCUGUCUGAAACGCAGAAACAGGAGAAGCGACAACAACAUGCGCAGAAGGAGACGGAAUUUCUCAGGCUCAAGCGUUCAAGGCUUGGGGUGGAGGAUUUCGAACCUUUAAAGGUGAUAGGUAGAGGGGCAUUUGGCGAGGUUCGACUAGUACAGAAGAAAGAUACGGGGCACGUUUACGCAAUGAAGAUACUCAGGAAAGCGGAUAUGCUCGAGAAAGAACAGGUUGCUCACGUGCGUGCUGAACGAGACAUCCUAGUAGAGGCAGAUCACCAGUGGGUCGUGAAGAUGUACUAUAGCUUCCAGGAUCCUAUGAAUCUCUAUUUGAUCAUGGAGUUUCUUCCCGGAGGCGAUAUGAUGACACUACUCAUGAAGAAAGACACCUUGAGCGAAGAAUGUGCUCAGUUCUAUGUUGCUGAAACUGCGCUAGCCAUCGACAGUAUACACAAACUUGGUUUUAUACACAGAGACAUAAAACCAGACAAUCUCCUACUGGACGCUCGCGGCCACAUCAAGUUGAGCGAUUUCGGUCUUUGCACGGGCCUCAAGAAGAGCCACCGCACCGAUUUCUACAGAGACCUCUCACGGGCUACACCUUCUGAUUUUAUAUCGACGUCCUCGUCGGCGAUGGACUCCAAGCGUCGAGCCGAAUCGUGGAAGAGGAACCGACGGGCACUCGCAUACUCGACAGUUGGGACUCCGGAUUACAUCGCCCCUGAAGUAUUCCUGCAGACUGGCUACGGACCACAGGCGGAUUGGUGGAGUCUCGGGGUUAUCAUGUAUGAAAUGCUGAUCGGCUAUCCUCCAUUCUGCUCGGAAUCACCUCAAGAGACGUACAGAAAGGUGAUGUCUUGGCGGGAAUCUCUCACCUUCCCUCCCGAGAUACCGAUCAGCGAAGAGGCCAGGGAGACCAUACUGCGUUUUUGCUCUGAACCAGAUCGACGCCUGGGCUCCCAGAGGGGCAUCGAGGACGUGAAGUCGGUCUCGUUCUUCCGCGGUGUGGACUGGAGCCACGUACGUGAGCGGCCCGCCGCGAUCACCGUCGACGUUCGCUCCAUCGACGACACGUCCAACUUCGACGAGUUCCCCGACGUCAAGCUCGAGAUACCAUCAGCGCCCAUAUCCCAGGAGGGCGAAGUAGCAUAUAAAGAUUGGGUCUUCAUCAACUAUACGUUCAAGCGUUUCGAAGGGCUCACUCAACGCGGAACUCCCACCAAGAAAUGA